AUGCGUACCUACGACGAUACCUUCUCGGGACAGAGAAUCUACCCUGGCAAGGGUAAGAUCUUUGUCCGCGGUGACAGCAAGGUCUUCCGCUUCCAGAACGGCAAGUCCGAGUCGCUCUUCCUGCAACGAAAGAACCCCCGCCGCAUCUCCUGGACCGUGCUCUUCCGCCGCCAGCACCGCAAGGGCAUCUCCGAGGAGGUCGCCAAGAAGCGCACCCGCCGCGCCGUCAAGGCUCAGCGUGGCAUCGUCGGCGCCUCGCUCGAGGUGAUCAAGGAGCGCCGCAGCAUGCGCCCCGAGGCCCGCUCCGCCGCCCGCGCCGCCGCCAUCAAGGAGUCCAAGGACAAGAAGCAGGCCGCCGCCGCCGCCAAGAAGGCCGACAAGGCCAAGAACGCCGGUGCCGCCAAGGGCCAGACCGUCCGCCAGGUCUCCAAGAUGGGCGCCAAGGGAGGUGCCGCCAGCAAGCCCGCCGCCCGUACCCGAUAA